UUCUGCUCAAUAGCAAACAACCGAUCGACCACGACGCAGUUGCUGUAAGGUACUCAAAAUGAAGGGUUCGACGCUGGACAAAAUCUCUGCCUUCCUGGGCGAACUCAUCGGCACCGGCAUCCUGGUCUUCCUUGGCUGCAUGGGCUGUGUGAAGACGGACUUGUUUGCCAACAAUCAUCUCCAGAUUGUCCUUAACUUUGGUUUUGCUGUCCUGGUUGCCAUCCAGUGCUUUGGCUGUGUUUCGGGUGCCCAUCUGAAUCCUGCCGUGACAGUGGCUGCCUAUAUCUACGACAUGGUCACGCUCCGGAUGGCCUUUGCCUACGUUGUGGCCCAGUUGCUGGGCGCCUUCAUUGGCUAUGGUUUGCUGAAGGUUCUGCUGCCGGUGGAGACCAUUAACACGGGUGCUGGUCUGUGCGUGACCCUGCCCCAUGCCACUGUCACGGAUGCCCAGGGCUUUGGCAUUGAGUUUGUGAUCACCUCCAUUCUGGUCAUUGUCUGCUGCGGCGUCUGGGAUCCCCGGAACGCCAAGUUCCAUGAUUCGGUGGCCAUUCGCUUUGGUCUGGCCAUUGCCUGUCUGGCCUGUGCUGCGGGUCCCUUCACUGGCGCCAGCAUGAACCCGGCCAGGUCCUUUGCCCCCGCCCUGUGGAACAACCAUUUCGAAAAGAACUGGAUCUACUGGCUGGCUCCCUUGAGCUCUGCCGCCCUCACAGCCUACGCCUACAAGAUCGUCUUCCGCCGCGAGGUGGUCGAGGCGGAGAUCUCCGCCAAUGAGAAGCUGCGCCACCUGGAGGAUGUCCAGCUGUCGUAGAUGCCAAAGACACAUUGCUGUAGGAGGAAAGAGAGCCUUAACUAAUUUACAUCUAAUCUAAGACGCCGAAUUUUAUAUUAAUGCAUUCAUUGUACGCUAUUAUAAUGGGAGUUUUGCCAAGGGUUUAUAUGUUUCAAAAGAGCGUAAAGCAACUACAUAUAAAUUUCAUGGUAUUUACCCCGAUUGCCUUCAAUUGUAAUAAAGAACAUCGAGAUUUCUAAAAUAU